CUCAGUGACGAACAGCGCCCGGCCCAGUCAAAGCGAACUGUGUCGAACGGUGCGGGUGUGCAAACAGUAGUCCUAGGUGCUGCCAAGUGGUCGUAGGUCAUGUGCGUGCUGUGCUGAGUAAUUCCAUACCGAGGAGUGUCCUGACAGGAGCUUGGCUGUUCGGUGGGUGUUGCGGCUGAUUUAGGUGCAAUGUGAUUGCUCAGUCAUUUGACACAUAAAAGUACUAGUGAAAUUGUUCGUGCGUCGUCCAGUGUUAGCGGAAGAAGUUGAAUACAGUUUACAGGGCGAGCGGGAUAUUGAUGAAACAGUGAAGGAAAAAAAUAUUUUCUUGGUGCUGGCAGUGCAACUAGACGGAAGUAAAAUCAACUAUCGAUAGUCAAUCGAUUUGUGGAAACCACGAUUAACGAAGUGUGCGGGUGGCAUAGUGAGUGAAAUCCUGCUGGGAGGAUUGAAAUCGAUACCUUCAAAUCAUUAGGCAGAGGCGAGAUUUUCGCACUGAUCGUUGUUACUGCUGAAAGGCGGAAUUGCUUCUGUACAGUGGUGUCUGUGUAUUUGUGUUCGUCGAGGCAGAUGGGAAAAUAGCUGCACUGGAAGGAGCGAUUAGUGAAGCAUCUAGAUGUCGGCAGCGGCUGAAUGCCGCCGUAAACGCAGUGCGACGAGUCAAAAGACCGUGGGAAAAAAGCGAAAGGUAGAAUGAUGCCGCGCAACGACGCAUCCCAACGUUAUAAUUAGGAGAUUAUCAACACAUGUUUAUAUCUGUCAUUGAGCGGCAAAGCCGAGUUACAACACAGUGAAACAUCGAACCGGAGACCGAAUCAUGAAACCCCACGAAACCAACUGCCAGGAAGUUUCCGAACUGCUUCGGCUGUCACAGGUCCUCUAUCCGUUGAUCCUGUUAAGUGUGUAUGUAGAUUUUGUUGGCCAAGCCGAGGCCAGCGCUGCAGGCUCACCAGAAGCAUCAUCACAGAUCGGGAUCGGUUUCAAUUCACGCCAGGAAUUGAUCAAAAAAGAAGGAAUGUCAUUACAGCACUUUGGAAUCACAGCCCCACCGGCCGUCAACAGCAACGACAACGAGGCAGCAGGUCCUUCGGGUGGGAUAGCGGCUCCGUUUACCCUACCGCAGCUUCCACCGGUUCCCAAUGGUGACAAUAAGCCGUAUUUUGACGACGUCAGCCCGCGGAACGUAACGACCGUGGUGGACGACACGGCGAUCCUGAAAUGUCGCGUCAAGCACAAAGGCAACCGUACGGUCUCCUGGAUGCGUAAACGGGAUCUGCACAUUCUAACGUCCAGCACUCACACUUAUACCGGAGACCAGAGAUUUACCGUUCAUCACCCACCGGACGGCGAUGAUUGGGACUUGAAGAUUUCAUACGCCCAACCGCGGGACAGUGGCAUCUACGAGUGUCAAGUCAACACCGAGCCGAAGAUCAACCUGGCAGUUUUCCUUCACGUAACAGCAGCCGCCCGUGCAAAAAUUCUCGGCUCCCAGGAGGCCCACGUACGGAAGGGUAGCACCAUUUCGCUGUCCUGCGUGGUCAAUUUCCACGCAUCGUCAAUAACUUGGUAUCACGGCACAUCCAUCGUAAACUUCGACUCGGCCCGCGGUGGCAUCAGCCUGGAAACGGAGAAAACCGACGCCGGCACUAGCAGCCGGUUGUUGCUGACCAAAGCCACUGUGAGUGAUUCCGGCAAUUACACGUGCGUUCCGGCAGGCGCCAUCCCAGCUAGUGUCCAGGUCUACGUGCUGCAUGGUGAACAUCCUGCGGCCAUGCAAACAAGCGGACAGAUGGCAUUGCGGUUAGGAUCCGGCUCGAAGCCACUUUCGCUGGUGGUUGGUGGAAUGAUUGCAGUACUUGCUGUCUAUGGGUAUGCUCUGGAGCGAUUACAUGGCCCCGUGGGAAUAGCAGUGGUUAGUGAGACGGGAUCGGUCCGGUUCGGCAGGUGAUCUUGUACAUAAUCAAUACCGUUUCCGUAGAUGAAUGAUGAUGUAAAUUUUAAGAUGAAUAAAUUCAUGUUUUAAAAAUUGA